CCUCUCUGCUGCUCUCUCUCGGUUGCAGCCCCUCAGUGUGUCGCUGCCUCCUCCAGCAGCUCCUCUUUACACAGCAGCUCCACACUCAGACCCAAACUCUACCUUGGUCUCUCCUCUCUUGUCUGCACCUCCUUCCUCCACCAUAUGUGUGUCCUAGCUCCACGAACAGCUCCCCCGGACGCAUGGAGAUCUAACUUUGGUCAUUGUGGAGUUGGCUGUUUUGUUUUCUACACUCCCUUGGUUUGAUGUCUGCUCAAGCGUCGGGAAUGCCAUGGCCACUCCGAGCGCACAGCAGCAGCACCAGGAUUAUUUCAGGUCUGUGAGCAGCGAGUCCACCACCUACAUGAUGGUGCCGGCCGCCGGGCCCAGUGCGCCUCGGCGCCGGGAAGCACCGUCCAAAACCUGGGUGGCGAUGGUGGUGAUCGUGGUCGUUGUGCUGCAGAUAGCCUCCACCACCGGGCUCUUCCUCUACCUGAACAUGUCCAUAUCGCAGGUGCGUAGCCAGGGUGUGACAGAGGAGCUGAAGUGCCUGAGCUUGCUGAACCUGAAUCUGGAUAAAGACCAGGACAUCCCCGAGCAGCUGGCACAGCUUUUUGGAGAGCCAUGCAUCAAACUGGCCGAGGGCAUCAAAGCAUACAUCUCCAAGGUGACAGAGAACAUCAUCUCCAAACAAACCUUCAUAGAAGCGAGAACCAUGCCUCGCUCCUUCAACAACUCGGGGUCAAAGUUCAUGACCUCUGUGACCCAGAGACCAUCUGCGCACUUGACCCUCAGAGACACGAGCCCUCAAGGGUUCCCUCCCUACCCGAUCCCCACGCCGGGUCUGCACCAGUCCUGCCGUCAUGUGGUGCGCACGUGGGCCAAUCAGAGCUUCGGAGCGCACCUGCACAACAUGACGCUGUCCAAUGGGAAGCUGCGAGUGCCUCAGGACGGGCGGUACUACCUGUACUCUCAGGUGUAUUUCCGUUACCCGUCCCCAGCAGCCAGUGACGGAGACCAGCGCAGCGUCAGCCACCAGCUGGUUCAGUGUGUCUACAAGAAAACAUCCUAUCCGAGCCCCAUACAGCUCCUGAAGGGCGUGGGAACAAAGUGCUGGGCUCCAGACGCAGAAUACGCCCUUCACUCCGUCUAUCAGGGAGGACUGUUUGAGCUGAGAGCCGGCGACGAACUCUUCGUUUCCGUCUCUUCCCCGACUAUGGUCAACGCUGACGACUCCUCCAGCUACUUCGGCGCCUUUCGCCUCGACCUCUGAGAAAAGGCAGAAAGAAAGAGAUGGAUUAAUGGGGUGGAGACAAUGAGUGAGGGGCCUUUUUUUGAACGUCUGUCAAUUGGAAAAAGUGUCAUUUUGGGAUGUUGGAUCCUCAAGGUUUGCUCGCACGGAGACACUGAAGGAUGGAAAGGUUUCGCUUGAGUAGAAAAAAAAGGAAAAGAAAGUCCUCCUUACUCUCCCUUAAGCCAAACUGAACUUUUGAGACUAAGAUAUACAAAGAUACAUGUGCAAUCACGCAAAAACACGUUAAGAAUAUGGAUUUUCUGUUGAUUCCAGGGGGAGGAAAUCUCCUUUUGGAUGUCAGAAAAGAACCCCAGAAACAUCUUACUAGCCCAAAGAAUUCGACCACCUAAAAUAACACAGGAGUCGCCAUCAUCUGCAGCCUGUAUGUGGGAAGCAAUCAACCCCUCGGAGACCGAAGAAUGUACACACAAUAAAAACUCAAUCCUCUGCGAAGUGAGAUGUGAAGAAGGACUACGGAGUGACAGCAGAAGGAAGUCAAAUGACCAAAGCAAAGAAAAAUGUGGAUUAUUUUUUCAAGUGUGCCAUGAGAGUUCUGUACAUAUGAAUGGCUGAGAAUGAGGUUUAUACAAUGAGCUGUGGUGAUUUUAAUUAAUGUGUAUUUGACCUUGGCUGGACUUCAAACCACUUUGAUUUUGUGGAGGACUUUCUACACCACUAGUGGAUUUUAUGCAAAGACAUUUUUAGGAGGAGGAUAGUGGAUUGUUUUCUUUGUACUGGAUAUGGUAAGAGGACUGUAAGAAACAACAUGGAGUGCCUUUUGGGACAGUCUGUAUAAGACAUGUUGUAAAAGGACUGAAGAAUGAGCCCAGCAGAAGAUGAAAGGGGAGAAAUCUCUCUCUUUUCUUGUAAAGAAUUUUAAAUAUCUCGUCUUUCUCGUCUACCUUGUGAAGCUGCAUUCAGUUUUAUUUUAAGGAUCAGUUAAGCAACCAAAAGCAAACCAAAAACGCACACAUUAUGGGAACAGGAGACAUAUGCAAAUAGACUAGUUGCACAAACACGUUCACUGAGCGGUGGUUUUCAGAUCCAAAGAAAAGGUUUCAUUCAACACUUGUUUUAACAUUAGUGGAAGUUUCUACUUGGUGGUCGGAGCUGCUUUGCAUUGAAAUAUCCUCACUGAAAUGUUAUUAAAAAAUACCUUGAGUUAAAAGUUUUGACCUGCAAAUAACUCGAAUAUAUAAAAUGUUUCCACUAUUAUUUAAAAAAGUCCUCUUUAGAAUUAAAAUAUUUCUUUUUUUUCACUUUUUGUGCUAAGCUAAGCUAACCUCAGCUUCAUAUUUAACACAGAUUUCUGAAAUCAGUAUCAAACUCAUUUAAUUCUAAGCAAAAUAGCAUCUUAAGUGUCAAACUAUUCCCUAAAUAUGCAACCACCAGCCACUUGCGAGUUGCCAAACAGAUGUGUUUUAUCAAAAAUGUCAUAGUAAGUGAAGUGCUAACAAGAAAACAAGUCAUUUUGGGUUUUUAUGAAGUCAAAUUGUACUUUCAGACACACUUCCAGCUGUUGACCAACAAAUGAAAACCAGUCUUUUGGAAACACUGAUUCAUUCACAAGUAGGCCUACACAUGCAAACAUUUUGCCCCAUUCUGAACGGAAACACACAAUAAAAGCACCAAACAGUUCAGCAAGCAAACACAGAAAGGUGCAUUUUGGGGAAAACACACAUUCAGUAAUAAGACGCAGACGCAUAUAAAAGAUUUGUGAGUAGUGAGAGAGGCUGUGCAGGCACAAACCAUGCAUCGACUAGCACAGACUCAACCCUACACGCCUCCUUUCUGGCACCAACAUGUACACACACACACAAAAGGAGAUACACACACAACAUCCAGGCUAGUCUACGCUCCCCAGACACACACGCACACACAUGCACACACCAUGCAGUGUCACAUCCAGUGUAAGAGACACACACUCAUUUCUGAACACUGUCUUCCCUCCCUGAGCCAUCUGGUAGUUGUCAGGGAGAGGCAUGCAAGGAGGGUGUGUGUGUGUGUGUGUGUGUGUACGGUGUGUGUGUGUGUGUGUGUGUGUGUGUGUGUAAUGUUUGUUCAAAGGGCUCGGUUCACAUGGAUUAUUCAUAAGAAACGAGGUCAAACUAAAGCAUAUUUCUUUGUUUGCGUACCUGAACAUUGGUUUUCCCUGAAAGGUUUCAUAUGCUUACACACACACACACACACACACACACACACACACACUUUAUUAAUAAGUUGACAUCCAGGUUAACCCCAAUCUCCUGGCACUGGGGUUCACACCUACCUGUGUAUAUAUGCAAGGUUACGUUAUACUGUUGGUUUGUGAGGGAAGAAAACACAGCAACACAUCCUGCUUAUUUUCCGCAAAAUCGAAAUUUAAUUUUGUUUGAUUGCUGUUUUAGCUGAUUUCCCUGCACCUGGUCACGUUUCUCUCUCUCUCUCUCUCUCUCUCUCUCUCUCUCUCUCUCUCUCUCUCUCUCUCUCGGCCAUUCACACGCUUCAUCACAUCACACAUACCAAGCUCACCCUCCCUCUGUACACUCAGUCAGUUCAGGGUUCACUCCAACAAUCUUUUUUUGCACUCUGACCAAUACAAGCAGAUCACUGAAACAGCCAUGAUGAUAACACACACACACACACACACACACACACACACACACACACACACACACACACACAUUACAACAGCGUAAAGAGAGUUUCUGCAUUGAAUGUGUGUUUGUACAGGACAGUUUUGUAGCUGUGAACAUGUUUGGCACAUUGUUGCUGAGAAAAAUAAAAAUCUUUGAACCUU